AUUAUAUCAAACUAAUAGCAGGUUUUUAUAAAGUGUUGACAUGCAGUUUGUGUUAGCAUUGCUUAACUAGCCGUUCAAAGUUCACAACAGACUGUGAACCCUGCGACGAACAGGGUCCAGAGGUCAUGUACCCUGUAGAUCUGCCAGCUGUGGAAGACUCUGACCUGGCAUCUACAUCUGAAUAUUACCUCUCUUCUCUGGAGUCUGGAAAUGACGGGUGGUUUCAAUCAUCACAGACCUCAAAGGUGCCGAUAACCUCAACAAACGUAAGUCAGCUGCAGCUGUUUGGAGACGACCAGCCGACGUGCACAGUUCUGGCUCUUCACCCUCCAGAUGAUCAAACACAAGUCGUGGCUGUGUACCUGCUCGAGAAGUGGUGGUGUUUGGAUGACGUCUUGCGAACCUCAACUAAAUCCAGAAGCGGCUUAGUUUCGGUGCAGUCGAUCACGGAGAGGUUGAUCGUGUUCCUGCUCAGUCAGGUGGUGGAGAGGCCUUCGCAGGAGGCGGCGCUGUUCUCUCGACACCCCCCGACGGAGAGCUGCAAAGUCCUGUGGAGGGACAGCCGGGCGGUCGGCUUCUACACCGUCAAACACAAAGGCAGCUUGUGUGACGGCUGGAGCAGCUCCUGCUACCUGCUCCCCGUCCUGGACACGGUGCUGGUGAGGAGGAGCUGCAGGAGGAGAGGCUUCGGCCUUCAGAUCCUGGAGGAUUUCUGCUCCUCGUUCUCUGCGGAGGAGUUUCUGGGAGUUAGCUCUCCGUUAUCUCCCAGCAUGGCAGCAGUGUUCAGGAGGUUCCUGCAGCAGCAUGAGGAGCAUCGGGAGCGUCUCUAUGAGGUGGAGGCUCCUGGAAGCUGGACUCAGAGAAGAAACAUAUGGCUUAACAUCCAGCUAGGACGCUACUCCAUCGGUGUUAAUGAGGAAAGCAAUCAAACAUCUGGAGAAGGUCAGGAGAAUGAAGCAGAUGACUCGUCUCAGACACGUAGACGGGAUCAGACUUCUGACGAACAACCGACUAAACUGUGUGAUCUGAGCCAACGAGAAAUCUCCCCGAGCAUCAAGAUCUCUGAGACAGGAUGUCGCUGCCCUGCAGCCGCCCUCGACCGUCUGGACUCCCGCCGACCAAACAGACUCCUGAACACAAACCGAUCUCUGAGAUCCAAGGACUUUUCUUUUCCAAGGCUUCGCAGAAAAGGUCCAGAGGAAACGCACAAAAGUGGGAAACGAGCCAGAAGGACGUGACAUAAACUACAGUUUAUCUGUACAGUUUUUUAUGAAUGAAAGUUGUAACUUUUUUACAGUGAUAUAUGAUAAUAUGUAUAUAAAUAAUAAAUAUUAGACAUACAUUUAUUCCACUCACUGGUUUAAUUUUUGGCUAAAAAGCUACUGAAUCGAUUUCAAGUCGAUGAAUCGUUUCGGAUCGGAUCGUUGUAAAUGAACCAAAAUCGGCAACAACGAAUCGUGAUUCGAAUCAAAACAUUGUUAAAAUGAAUUUUUACACCCCUAAUAAAUUUUUUUCUCAUAAUGCUCCUGGUAAAACAUAUUAGAAAAGGUCUGUGCAUUGGCCGGGAAUCGAACCCGGGCCUCCCGCGUGGCAGGCGAGAAUUCUACCACUGAACCACCAAUGCUUGCCUAACCAGUUUUUUAUGUAUUUUUUUCAAUCAGCAAAUUAGGCCACACCUCCAUCCUCCCGUAAUCAGUGAAUCCUCCUGUAAUGUCAGACAUCUGUCAUCAAUUAACCCUUUAAUUAAAAACAAAAAUGCAUUUUUUUCAAACGUUUUUUUUUGUUUUGUUUCUUUUUGUGUUUUGAAAGAGUGGCUGCAUGUCGCCAGUAGUUUUUGUACUAACAACUAACUAACAACUCUGACGACUGACAUUAGCUAAUGUUAGCAUCGUCAUGAUUAAGUGUUGGUGCCGCACACUAACUUACCCACAGCGCUUUCCAUCUUUGUCCACCCGUUUUAUGGCCGGAAGUCGUGCAUUAAUUCGGUUUUUCUAUCUCUCAGAGAAAAUCUCAGAGUUUCAUCUUUUAAUUUGUUCGAAGAACGAUCCACAACACGCCGAUGUCACCUUUGUUUUCAUCCGUAAGGGGGCGCGGCCUUUCAUGUGACGUCAGGUCGCCCUCCCACUUCCGGUUUCAUUUUUCGAGGUUCAGAAUCCAGUGGGUUUUUUUUUUUCGAAUUUUAUCUCUGGAGUGAGUAAAUUUGUGUCUAUUGUGUUACCGGGAUUAAA